AUGCCGCUAAUCAAAGAAAGCAAGAAAUCGAUUCUUUCAGGUCAUUCAAAGAGUCCUUCAUUGUUGACUGCAUCAACGUCGUUAGCUUCAUCGUCAAUGAAGGGCAAGUCAUCAUCAUCAUCACCUGUGAGGUCGGAAGUAAAAAAUACAGUUGCUUCUUCUUCUCAUCAUUUCGAUGAUUUAAUGUCGACGACGGAACAACAUGUAUCGGGCGAUGAAGCUGAUUCAUCGGAUCAAGAGAGUGAUGAUAUGGAAAUGGAUACACAAUCGGAACACUACAUCCAGAGACAACAAUAUUUAUCAAACAUUUUGGAUGAGAUAUCGAGCUCUAGUUCCGAUGACGAGGACCAUCCUCAUGGCCGGCCAGGAAACCACCCUCAUGCAUCAUCAUCCACCCACCAAGCCUCAUUACUACGAAAAAUAUUAAAAGAUGAUGAUGAUGGAGUUGAUGAUGAUCGAUCCAAUGACGAUGAAAAUGAUGAUGAUGAACAUUUAUUGUUGGAUCAAAUCAUUCAGAAUGAGAGUUCACUGAAUGCUCCCUCUUCAUCGAGGAAAAAAUCAGAACCUCUCCUCACGAGCAGCUCCAACAACAAACCAAAUGUAUCACCUCUUGCAUCCAAACCAUCUUCCAGUAUUUAUUUUUCACCUUCUGCCAUUUUGCUUGACAUGAAAUUGGACGACUCUGAGAAGUUUGAAAUUCUCAAACAAGCCAGUGUGUUAGAGCAAACCAAGUAUCAACUUGAGAAAAUAUUUAUUCCCUAUGAUCCUUCGACGAAAAGACAGCAACAUGUCACACCUGUGUCGUCAGGAAGUUCAAAAAAUCAACUAGUAACAGUUUUGACCGUUCCUUCCGAAGAAGAAUUGGAGAAGAAGAAAAUUCUCUUGCGAACUCUUCGAGUGAAACAAACAGAUCGAGUGAUUGACAAUAUUCUUAGCUCUGCUCGUUCUUCAUCCUCUUCUGAGGACGAAAAUGAGCCAUCACAGCGACAUCAUGCUGAAGAUCAAGAACACAACAACGGAAUUUCACAACUUGAAAAUGACGAAAAUAUGUCGACUUCAUCAACCUCUGAAGUGGGAUCAGACUAUCUGCACAAUUUGAUGAAAGAAGAUGAAAAUGAUUCAGAUCUUGAUUCAGAUGACACGGACUCUGUCAAUGAACAAAAGAAUUAUAGCGCACCGUCAACGGAAGCAUCGAACGAGGAAGCUCGAGCUUUACUCACAGCCAUGCGAAAGAAAAACAUCAAAGAUUUAAAAGAGUUUAAUUCUUUAGAGCAUUCCAACUGGAAAGAUUUUUAUGGCGGAGUUCUCGCUCAAAAUAUGUCAAUACUCAAGCUAGAUUUAAUGAAAUCAGUGAAUGACUAUUUGGAAAUUCAUCGCCAAGAGAUUGGAAUUUGUAAAGUAAUUAAGGUUUCCUCAACAAUUUUGGCUGUCGGUACUUCGAAUGGAACAUGUGUCAUAUUUUCCAACAGCAGCAGCAAAGUCACUCAUCUCAAACUUUCUGGAAAAGCUGGUACUCCUCAAAAGUCUGUACAUCAACAAAUUAACCAGUAUAAUGCUGUCACUUGCAUGGAUAUCACCUCGACAGGAAAUUUCCUUGUUUGUGGAUAUGAGUAUGGAGAUGUUGCAUUUUGGAGCAUUCAAAAUAAUGGAGAACUUGUAAAAAGAAUUAACGGAAAGGGAGAGGAAAAUACGAAUUAUGAAUUUUCAACUCCUAUUGACAAUAUUCAGUUUGUGAAAAAUAAUCCUUACAAAAUUUUAGUUUCUUCGUACGGUGUUGUAAAACUCAUUACCCUGAAAGAAAGACUCAUUAGACUUGGAGGUAACUCGUUUGUUCAUGAAGUAUUGAGAGUCACCGAUGAAAAAUUUGAAAAAGUUGUCGACAUGAAAAUUUUACCCGAAGGUGAAGCUUAUCAUCCAAGUAAUGAUUAUCUCAUUGUCGCAAUGGCGACACCUAUUGGUAUAUUUGUAAUGUGUCUGGAGCCUUUUGUGAAAAUAUUGUGCUUCCUCUCCAAGCCAGAGGAAGUCACUCACACUCAACUACCUUACUUGUGUUGGAGGCGAGCAUUGGCACCUAUUCAAUUUAUUACAACUCAUGAAACUGCACUUUCCCAACAACUGAGAGUGCACAAGACCAAACCCCCGCUGUUAGCGAUCGCUUGGGGGAACAUUUUGAACAUUUUCCAACUUGAAAUAGAGCCUCAAACACUGCUUGGAGAAGUAGAUUCUUCAAUGCCACACAGUUACAACUCAAAUGUAAAUACUGAAAUGUUCAGAGUUUCUUGCAUGGAAUUUAAAAACGAUUUAAUUGGAGGUGUGUGGUCUGGAGAACAGGUCAUGUUGUUAGUGGAUAGAGAUCAUCAAGUAUUAGUCGUAGAUCCAUUUGCAACUAAAAAUGUAGAGGAGAGAAAAAUUACAUUUGAAAUUCCGACCAAAGCCACUCAAGAAAAAAUUAUAUCCACACAUCAUUUGACAUACCAUUCAAGAUUUGACAUUAAGAACGACAGUGGCAAAUUCACACUCCAUCCAGUGCCGUCCUUCCAUUCAUCCCUCUGUACAAAAUCUUCGUCCGUGGACGGUGUUGCCUAUUUACUUUGUGACAAUGAUAUGAAUAUUAAUAAUCAAGUGGUGAUUACUGUAAAAGUGCUCAGUUGGAAGGAGCGUAUCGAUCAGCUCUUAGAAAUGGGGUCAUGGAAUCAUGCUCUUAAGCUAGCUCUCAAUUUUUAUCAAGGAAAAGGUAUUGCAGUUAUUGGACUUCCAACAGAUUCAAGUCUUCGAAAGCAAUUAGCAGGAGAUAUCAUUAGCUCAAUUUUGGAAGGAUAUGUAGAGUAUUACACAUCUCAGUUAUCGUCUGAUAAUGACGAUUCAUAUGAAAAUUAUGAAUACUAUGCUGAGCUGGCCAAAACAUGUAUUCGAUAUUCGAUUGAAAUUGAGAAAUCUGAAAAAAUUUUUACUACGUUUUAUGAAAUUUUUAAAUCCAAAAACAAUGACAAACUAUUUUUAUCAAUCAUCGAGGAAUUUAUUGUAAAAGGAUUGUUGGCUUCUAGAGAAUCUGAGAUUGUUGUAAUUCCUAAUCAAUUUAUUGAGAAAACAAUUAAUCAUCAUUUCGAACAAUAUGAUAGACGAAAUUUACCUGCUCUUGAACAUUUAUUACUUUCUCUUGAAUACAAUGAUCACAUCAGUACUAAGGAAUAUAGCAAUCCUGAAUUUUGCAAGAAGCUUAUUGAAAAGUGUAAACAAUAUAGACUCUUCAAAGCAAUGACUCACAUUUAUAACAAAGGAUUAGGUGACUUUGUAACUCCAGUGAAAGAAAUUUUGAAAAUAAUUUUCGAUCCCAGCAACAAUAACUCCAGCGACAGACCACAAUGCGUGUCACUCUUGUUUGAUUAUUUGGAAAACUGUUUCCUGAACGCCAUGUCAAUUUCCAAUCAGAGGAUUUCUACAAGCUUAUUAUACGACAUCAAGUUGACGCUUUUGAACAUGAUCGUUCAAGAAACAAAUGUCAGCCAGUACUCAACCAAACGAUUUCACACACUCUCUCGCCUUGUUAUUCUUGACUCUAAACGGCUCUUUAAAUGGUUAGAUGACGUGUUUUCUGACACUUCAACAACUAGCCUCUGGACUUCCGAACAACACGGUACUCAACCAUCACACCCUUUAUACGCACCAAUCUCGAAACAAGCUGUUGUAGACGCUUUGACCUAUGUAUUUUGUUCCUCCUCAAGCCAUGCAUUUUCACCUUGGGAAAUCAGAACAAAGAAGUUUUCGAUUGAAGAAGAGCAACAACCACAAUCUAAUUGGAUUCCCAAUCUAGAAGACUGUGUGUACUUUUCGUUAUUUAUGGCUAAGCAGCUCUCUCUUUCGAGUCAGCAAUUUCCUGACAGAAAUUCUAUUCAUGUCUCCAUCGAUACGAUUCACAGAAUUUUUUCUACGCUGUGCUAUGAAGGAAACCUAUUUGAUGAUGAUAUAAGCACUACUCAACUGGAAUUGGUUUCAAUUUUAACUAAUAUUCUGAAUGUCAUUGUAAGAAAUGAUACCAAGGAAGUGCUUAAUACGGAAGAGUUGAUUACAUGUUGCAGAAAUGCUAGAUUUCACAAAGUACUUAUUUAUUUAUACUCUCUCAAAGGAGAUUAUGAGAAAUUGUUAGACGCCUAUCUUUCUGACAAUGAUUUGAGAGGUGGAGUUUUCACAUUCAUCAAUAACUUGACCAAGCUAGAAUCAAACAUUAUUAAUCGUGAAAUAAGUGAACUCUUCCAAAUUAACGACAAGACCAUUCUCAACAAGGAUCAAAUUUAUGCAAGGAUCAAAACUGCUACCAUCAAUCAUUUAUCACAACUGAUAGAAUGUGAUAGUGAUGCUACUGCACAUUUAAUCAUCAUGCACUUUACAAGUGAACAUGAAAAAGUAAUUUCUUCACUUAAUAGGUAUCCUAAAUUACAAUUCUUGUAUCUUAAAAACAUUAUUGGAGUUGAGAACACAAGUGAUUCAAUGCACGAGCUAUUGAAACGCAAAGGACUGACACUUGAUAGAAAUGUUCAUCUCAAGUAUUUCCAAUUAUUAUGUGAAUUCGAACCUCAGUCUGUUUAUACUUAUGUUGCCUCACAACGAGAUUAUCCCAUAGAUGAAUGUCUUAAAUUUUGUCGACAACAUAAUAUCAUUGAUGCCACCUCAUACUUGCUCGAAAGAGGAGGUGAUGUUGUUGGAGCUGUCAAGUUAUAUCUUGAAAAAGUGGAUGAAAAGACGAGAAGUCUUGCUGAACAAUGCGUUUCCGAGGAAGAUCGAUUUAUUCGAAGUAUCAAUUUUAAUGAUUAUUUAGCUGUGACCAACAAUUAUGAAAACGACAGUGCAGACAAUGGAGGAAUUAAUGGUCCACCACUUUCAGAUCUUUUCUAUUUAUUGAAAGAGUUUGAUGGUAAAUAUAAGGCCUUCCUACAAUUCAAAUGGGAGGAAGAACAACAGCAACGAAAGUUAAAACUGUCAACAGUCAUGGAUCCAAAAGCAAAAAACAAAGAAGAGGAAAAAUUUGAGCUCAAGAGUUGGGCGAACAAAAUGCUUUCCGUUGUCACUGCUUUUGCCAAGUCUUCAGCAUCAGAAAUGCAAGAAACAACAGCCACUCAAGAUAUGACUUCAAUGAUCACUAACCCUGAAAGCUUAUCCAGAGGUAAAAGAAGACUACUUGAAGUUCAAUUAUAUUCGAGCAGCGUCAUGAACAUUUUGCAAUCGGAAUCGUAUGAAAAGUUCAAAUCUCUCAUCACAGAUAUUGUAAACAUGUGCAAACGAAAUAUGGACAAUGGAAGAUUAACGGACAAAGAUGUUAAAAUAUUAUGGUUCCAUUUGCUAGAUAAGCUCAUUGUACCAUUGCGAGAAUUGUUUGAUUCAUAUGCAGCAGCUUCUCAAAAUCAUUUAGAGGGAGCGAUCACAGCCGUCGCAGCAAAGUCAUCAACUUCUGAAAAUGCAACUAUUACUCAGAAGAAAAAGAAGAAAAAAUCAUCAAAUAGCGAUGACGACGAAGAAGAAAAUGAAUCCAAUGAAGAAGAUAAUGACAUGACUUUUAUGGAUGAUCUCAGCGACGACGAAGAUAUCACUAUUGAAGACAACAUUAAUGACCACAAGGAAAUGAUUAAUUCUGCCAUUCGAGAAAAGGAAAAACUUCAAGAAAAAGUGAGAUAUGAAUUUGAUCCAGUUGUCACAAAAACAACCUACGAAAAGAUUACCAAAAUUGAAAAACGAAUUACCGCACUUAAAAAGUAUCUUGCUGAUUUAGAGUAUGAAAAAGCUCGAGAGGACGAACGAAAAUUGAGAGAAGCAACAGAUCCUCUUGCUCCUAAAAAUUUGAAAAAUCGACCCAGUAAUCUAUUUUUCCAAGUUUGUUUGCAUCAUUUACUGAAAUUUAUUUUUACAGAAAUGUCAAAUUCAUCUUCGAGUAUUCAAGAUGAAGAACAACAAGAUUUGCACAUGAUUCAAGCUCAUGAAAAGAAAUUUGAAAAGAAAUUUGAAAAGAAAUUUUCAGUUUUUGGAUUGCUGCAAAGUGCCACUAUGAAUUACAAGAAAGAUUUAUAUGGAUAUUUUAAGGAACCACUUUUAGACAUGUAUGACAAGUGUGGUUUCGAAUUAAUGCUCUAUCAUUCCAUUAAUCGAUUAUUAUGCAAUGAUGUGAAUUGGUUACAAAAUCGAUACAUUCGAAGAUUGAAGCGAGGUACCAAACCUCAAAGUUAUACUUGUCGAUUAUGUGAAUCUUCCAUUUAUGAUCUUCAGGAAGAUAAUAUGAAAGGAGGAAAAUUGAGAGUGUUUUAUUGUGGACAUGCCAUGCAUGAACAUUGUCUGGAUGAAAUUAAUUGCACAUCACAUUGUCCAAUUUGUAGCCAUCAAGCAAGUGAAACAUCAUCAACUGACACAACGAAUAGUAGUGUGAAACAAAAGAACUCGGCGGAAAAGAAAAAAUCCAUGUCUGGAUCAUCACUAUUACAUAAUUAUUCAUUGGAGGCAGAUGCUACUCAGGGACAGGUAUUUGUGAGUGUGUACAAGAAGCAACGCUAUCGAUUGGUUGAAAAUUCACUCAUGAAUGCAUUUAAAGCAAGACGAAAAUUAUUUGACGAAUUGGAUGAAACAAGUGAAGAUCAUGUGGCAGUGGGAAAUGAGGGCUCAUCUUCAACUCAUGAUUCGCAACAACAACAACCAUCUGACGAAUACGGAUUACCUGCUUCAGAAGAAGUGCCAAACACUGGCCGAAAAACUCGCUCACUUGUUGAUUAUGUGAAAAAAGAUCAACCUCUCAAAGCCCUGAGAUAUGGCUCGUAUUCCAAAGCACAAGUGAGCUACUCCACAAUUUUGAAACGACAACGUGUAGUGGAUGAGAUCAAAGUGGAUGACGACUAUGAAUCCACAAAGGUUCUACCAAAACCACGAGCAGCCAUGAAGCAAUCUCAACCCUCUGUUAAAAAGACAUUGAAAUUGGAUUUACCAAAAAAAACUAUGGCACCAAGGGAUGCCGAGGAAGAACAAUAA